UUCCUGGCCUCCUUUGAGCAAGUGGCCAAAGCUUGCCGAUGGCCUCGGGACCAGUGGGCAGCCCAUCUCCUGCCGGCCCUGAGCGGAGAGGCAGAAGAGGCCUUCCGAGGCCUGGAAGCCAGAGACCAGGAAAACUAUGAGAAAGUGAAGGCCGCCAUCUUACGGGGGGAAGCCCUGAGAACGGAGAGGCAGCGACAGCACUUUCGGCAAUUCUGCUGCCAAGUGGUAGAGGAUCCCCGGAGGAUCCACAGCCAACUCCAGGAUCUUUGCCGCCAGUGGCUGAAGCCGGAGGGACGCACCAAGGAGCAGAUCCUGGAGCUGCUUAUCCUGGAGCAGUUCCUGGCCAGCCUCCCACCGGAGCUCCGGAGUUGGAUCCAAGCCAGGAGGCCGGAGUCGUGUUCCCAGGCGGUGGCCCUGGUGGAGGACUUCCUGAUGAGUCAACAGCGGGCCAAAACCAGGACUUCUCAGGGGCGUUUAAAGGAAAAACCUGUGGAUUUCCAACCGGUAGUUGCAGAGACAGAGCCCCUGAAUGCCACAAAGGGACCUGUCUACGGUGAAACUGAUCCAAAUGUGGAGGCCAAUUUGCUGGGCAAUGGACCGAAAUACCCAAGUCCCUCUCCUUUGCCAUUUCCUGAAGGAGAAGAAGUGGGCCAGACUGGUGGGAAAGAGGGAUCCAAGGAUAUCAAGGAAACUGGAGGGUCUUUGCAGAUCGUAAAGCAGAGCGUGACCCAGCCAGGCCAGCAGACUAUGCUGUGGCACGUCCUGCAGGAAGAGGAUGACACAAAUACGGAUAUUUUGGGGGACGAAAUGGGAAAGUACAUCAAGGUGGAGAUUCCUCAGUGUGGAGAAGCUGAAACAGAGGAUAACUCCAGGACGGGGCCACAGAUUGGCUACGACCAGGUGCCCGUCAAACAUGAGAGGCUGGAAGGACGACCUGAAUCCCGAGAGCCCCAGGAUGGAUCGCCAGUCGGGACAGGAAAGGACUGUUUUGAGCUAGGAGAAGUUCAUUGGAAGAGAUACCAGAGAAUGUCCGUUCUGAAUUCCUCCCACUUUCCUAGAGAGGUCGGCCAUGAGAUCCCGGAAGUCUUCCCAAGCCACCCUCCUCCCGCAAAGAAGCCCCGGAGCGGUCCGGAGCACAGCGUGGUGUGGGACCACUUUGAGUUGGAUUCGGAGGACCCCUGCUAUGGCAUCUGCACUCACUGCAAGAGACGGGUCAGCCGAGGCAAGAACUCAAAACAUUUUUCAACAUCUGGGCUGCUGAAACAUCUGCAGCGGCAUCACGGCAAUAUCGUUCUAGCUGCCAUCGCCACGACGCAAGCCAUGUUGCCGACGAGCAGCAAGUCGAACGGAUCUGUUGUGAUGCCAAGUGCUUUGCCCCAGUGCUGGAUGAAGCAGAAGUCACCUGGUAAAAGGCAGCCUGGUCCAAAACCAUCGGAAGUGACCCGUGCUAUUGCCCAGAUGAUGGCUGUGGACGACCAGCCCUUCAGCAUGGUGGAAGAGGCAGGUUUCCAGCACCUCCUGAAGUUGCUUGCCCCCAACUAUAAAAUCCCAUCGGGUACCACCUUCAGCCGACAGAUCAUGCCCUCCCUGUAUCAGGCCUGCAGGGAGGAGGCCUUGGAGAUGCUUCAAACCCCAGGACCCCCUGCCAGUGUGAACGUGAGCUCCGACGAAUGAAUGAGAGCCGGUUUUCUGCCUUCCAUUCAAAUACGGUUGCUCCUGUGACCAAUGCUGGUCAGGGGUAGCGUAACCCAUUUUAAUUCACUGAUUAAAUCCAUCCUACCCAGGAAACCAAAAUAAUUGACACGCAUGUCAGCAAAACGUAGAAAAGCAAUGAAAACACAAAUGUGAAAUAAACCAUACAAAAAAGGUUAAACCGUUAGAAAUGAAUCCGUUACAGUGCCAGAAAUGAAGUCAUGUUGACCAACUGGUGGCAAAUACAUUCUGGGAAAUGUAUUUCCACAUUCUGGGAAAACAGAGGUAACAAAUGCCAUCUGCUCUUCCAAAGGACAGAUCGAGAGUUUUCUGUUCAGUUGAGGCACAAGCUCCCAUCGGUUUUAAGAAGCUUCCUUACAGCAGAGUUCCAAAGUGUAAAGAAAAAUUGAGAAUAUUGGGAAAAUAGCAAGUGCCGAACUUAACACUUAAGGCAGACCUCUCCAAUUUUUCAGGCACCUUCUAGCACUUUCUGAGAUGCCUUCCUGAUAUAUCUUUCGUUGGAAAUAUUUGUCCAAAUUAAAUUACUCAUCAGAAUGAAA